GCGUAGCCCCCCGGUCACUUGCCUCGACAGGCUCGAUCACAAGCAAGAAGGUAAUGUCAUGCUCCUCGUCCUGGAGCAUUCGAUUCGUCCCCUCGGGGUUCUUCUCGAGUGUAUAGAAUCGUCCUCUCUCUUCCUCGUCGGAUCUGUCUUACGCAGCGCCGGGGACAUUGCUCUCAUGAAGGGUGUGAGAAAGAAGAAGAAGAGGAAGAUGAUGGUGUCGCAGAUGAUGACCGGGAUGCUGACGAUGAUAAUGCUGGGAUCUGCGAUGGCUUGCGCAGCCUCUGGCGAUGGCGAGAGAUCGUUGGCGGCCGGACAGCCGUCGUCGUCUGUCAUCCUGAGUCCUCCGGAUGGGCGGCGUGAUACUAAUAAUGCCGGUGGUGGUCCCCACCCUCCUAUUUUGACUGAGCGUCGUGAGGCGGCGGAGGCGGGUGUAGAGGUAGGCGUAGCGAGACUGCUGAUGAGUUUGGACUCGUCGUCUCCGGAGGUAGAGGUCAUCGAUAAGUCUCUCAUUACUGGUUGGAGCGUGUUACUCACGGACACACCGGAGGCGUCCUUCCAUUUCGCUAACGAGACAGCGACGAGCUGCAGCCACGGUAUUCGAGAUCUGGUCUUUGAGAGAAACUCCUCUGUCUUCUACUACGUUCUUGAAGAGUCGUGCGAGUCCAACGGCCAGCUGACGAGCACCGUCAUGUCCGUUCGCAAGGCCGAUAGAGUCUCAGGCAAUCCGGAGCUGGUGAGCUAUUGGUGGCCGGCGGCCAACGAUAAUGGUGGGCUUGCUGAACAGAAUCGUACGGUUGUCAUCCCUAAUCAAUCAGACGAUGGCCAACCGAAGAUGGCGAGGCUGUUAGGCUUGGGCAUUUCGGCGGGAAAUGCGAAUCUGGUACUUAGCACGAACGAUGGCGGGAACAACUCAGCGAUCACGUACCUGUCGACAAUCGACAGCCGUCGAUCUUCAACGGCAUUCCCAGGGUACUCCUUGUCUUCGUUGGCGUUCAAUCCGACGAAAACGAAGUUAUACGUUCUCCUUUCCAACUGGGAAGUGGAGGGGAUGCUGACGGCUGACGUGGCGGGCGACGAGAUGCCAUCAAGUGCGAACUUCCAGGGUGUCGGCAAUCUCGAGGGAGUAGCCCUCGGCGGCGGCGGCGGCGGCGGCGGAGGUGGAAACUCGCCGCCGCCGCAGCGGAAAGAACUCUUCUUGGGUCAGCAGAGCUUCGAUAGUUUGGGUAGAUGCAUGUACCUGCUAGAUCGAGGCGAUGGUAGAGUAUGGGCGGUGAACAUGAGCAACACAACUGAUGCCAAGUCUGUAGAGUGGGAGGGAGGUCGGGACGGUGGUGAGUCGCCGGCGACGCCGUCUGAGGACUGGAAGUCGUUGGCAGCCACGUCGGAUGGUUGUCAUCUGUUUGUCAGCUCCAACGGGCAGCAGUCGGGUGUCCUUCGGUGGAUCCAGCUGGACUCAAUCUGCGGCAAAGCGCGCCAAGUCGUCGAGGUCGCGAUCGUUGUGCAGACCGGGAUCUGGGGAAUCUCCCUCGACGAGCACGAGAAUGAGCUGUUCCUAUACGUCGGAGCCAUGGAUGGGCAGCUGUUCAAGCUUAGCCUUGUCAAAGACGCAUUGCCGGACUGCACGUCCUCCUCAUCCCCGGGGGGUAAGACUCCGACGUCGGCGGGGGCGCUUGGUAAUCACCAAAGCCCUCCCCCAUCACAGCAACAAAAGAAGGGGUUUCAUCUGUUGGUUGCCUUCAGUAUAUUGGCAGUAGCGGGCGCUCUGUGUGUGAUUGGCCUUGUUUUCUUCUUCCGUGUGAAGUCAGUAAAGCAACCUUUUUCUAGUGGUAAGGACCCGUUCCUCGAUGAGACGACAGCAGACUCCUACGCCUCGGCAUUGAUUCCCGAGCUAAUGCGAUCUGACGAUCCCUCCAUGGACGAGGGCGUCGGGAUCGGGGCGGAGGUGUACACGAUGGCCACGCUGUCGCGAUGUACGAACAACUUUAGCGACGCGCACCGCGUUGUAGGGUGGAGAGGUCCGUUCGCGGAUGCGUUUAGGGCAGUAAUUAACGAUAAGGAGGUGGUAAUCAAGGAAAUGGCGGGAAAGCUGACGUCGGACAAUCGUACGCGCUUCCUAGUCGAGGUUAAGAAGUUGGAAGUGCUUCGUCAGCAUCGUUUGAGUAACCUAGUUCCUCUCAAGGGGUAUUGUAGGGAGGGAGACCGAGCAAUCCUAGUGUAUCCAUAUAUGGGGGGAAUCAGUUUAUACGAUCGAUUGCAUCCUCGAGGCAGCAUGGACUGCAAUUUUGGCGGGAAACGCGGCCGUACAGCUCCAGUAGCCCUGGUGACCGGACCUCUUUCUCUUCCUUUUUCGCGCGUCUCUUUUUCCGCUUCGCCGCCUCUUUCCGGCGACUUACCGUCUCCUUCUCCUCCGUCUCCUCCUCCUCCUCCCUCGAACUCGUCGCUUCCUCUUCCUCUUCCUCCCGACUCCUCUCAUUCUCCUACCAAUACGCAGUAUCCUUCUCCGCACGUAGCUUUCUUACCUUCAUCUCCCCUUCCUCCUCCCUCUUAUUCGCAGUCUGCUCCUCGUCCUUCAUUUCAUUCUACUGCUCCUCCUCCUCCUCCUCCUGCUUCCCCUCCAUACCCUGCUCUUCCUCCUCUCACGCUGUUCGAGCGCAUGUCGAUUGCACUCCAGGUUGCUGGCUGUCUCUCCUUCCUUCACGACUAUGUGAAGCCGAAGAUUGUUCAUGGAAGCAUCGCAAGUCGUAGCGUCAUCCUAGCGGCUGAGGGGUUCGCCACAGAGCUGCGCGCCGUUCUUGCUGACGUGGGCGUGGCCAAGAUCGAGGAGAGCGUGUUUAGUAUGCCGCGGAUUCGCCGCGUGGAGGCGGCGCGCGAGGCAGGCGAGCACGGGUACGUCUCCCCGGAACUAGAGAGGAGCGGGAGAUUAACAACGAAGUCUGACGUGUACGCGUUCGGCGUGGUCCUGCUGGAGCUGCUGACGGGCGAGCUGCCAGUGAAAAAAACGGAUGCGUCGGGAUCGGGAUGCCAGACGCUGGUGGAAUGGGCAGGACCUGCGCUGCGAGAUCCGGCGAUGAACGCGGGAAAACUACCGACGGAGAUCCUAGACCCCAGUCUGGUGGAUGACGUGGGCGCAGAAGGAUCUGCCACGUGGAAACUGGCGGCGGGAGCUUUCCGUGUGGCCAGAGAUUGUGUCGAAGGUGAAGGAUGCGCGGGGAUCCGGAUGAGCGACGCUGUGUACAGACUGAGAAAUCUGAUGAUGGAGGCAAAGCGGAAGUCCAAGUUCGGUACGACGUUUCUGAGUCUUACGAGGAAAGUAGAACGCAUAUUUUCACCCUAGUGUCACACCCUCAGCCUCCGUCUCUCUCUGUCCGUCAGUCUCACGCUCUCUCUCUCCCUCUCUCUCACUCGCUCUCGCCUUUCAGGCAUCAUCUCACUGUUGACCUCCGUCUCUCUCUCUGAGCCUCGCUCUCUUCUCCCUGUCUGUCUCGAGCGCUCUCAUCCUUUUGACGCAGCAUCAUACCGUCAGCCUCUCUCUCUCUCUCUCUCUCUCUCUCUCUCUCUCUCUCUCUCUCUCUCUCUCUCUCUCUCUCUGUGUGACCGUUUCAAACAGCAUCAAACCAUUAGCAUUCUUCUCGAGCGCUCUCACCGUUUUGACGCAGCAUCACAACGUCUCUCUCUCUCUCUCUCUCUCUCUCUCUCUCUCUCUCUCUCUCUCUCUCUCUCUCUUACCGUUUCAAACAGCAUCUCACCAUUAGCAUUUUUCUUCUCCCUUUCAGCCUCGCUGUUCUCCUCCUGUCUGCCUCGAGCGCUCUCGUCGGUUAACUCGAAAUCACACCGUUAGUCUCUCUCUCUCUCUCUCUCUCUCUUUCUCUCUUGCCUGUCUUGAGAAAGAACGUGUAAUGGGAUGAUGUCUCUCGCUCACCAGAACGUUGUUCCCGAUUUUUUUUGUUAAAUAGACUUUCCCGUUAAAGGAAUGCAGGAAAAAGUGUGAGAAGGAGAGCGAAAGAUAGGAGUGUUGCCGUUUGACUUGAUUUUUUUUUCAUUUUUCGCCGUUUUGAACAAAGAGUGCCGUCUACU